UCCCAUUGGCUGAAGCGCGCAGAGAGGCCUGAUUAUGGCGGCGGGGACUGAGAGUCCGUGACUGAGGAGGGCCGUUCUCUCCCCUAGUCCCCGCUCAGGAUGGAGGCGGCCUUGAAGCGGGAGCUGGGCACCUCGGUGCUGCGCCCGGCGGGCCACUCCGGGGGAGGCUGCAUCAGCCACGGAGAGAGCUUCCACACGGACCACGGGCGCCUCUACGUCAAGAGCAACGCCCGCCCCGAGGCCAGAAGAAUGUUUGAUGGCGAAAUGGCAAGUCUAACGGCCAUUUUACAAACUCACACAGUGAAAGCUCCUAAACCUAUGAAAGUUAUUGAUCUGCCAGAGGGCGGUGCUCUGCUUGUGAUGGAGCAUUUGGAUAUGAGGGGUUUAAACAGGCAUUCAGAAAAACUUGGAUCACAGCUGGCUGAUCUUCACCUUCAUAAUCAGAAGCUUGGAGACAGAUUGAAAAAAGAUGCAAACACUGUUGGUAAGGGUGAAGAACAUUCAGACAUCCAAUUUGUGGAAAAGUUUGGGUUUCACACUGUCACUUGCUGUGGUUAUCUUCCACAGGUGAAUGAGUGGCAACAGGAUUGGGUGACUUUCUAUGCAAGGCAGCGAAUUCAGCCUCAGAUGGACAUGAUCGAGAAGAAUUCAGGAGACAGGGAAGCGAGAGAGCUUUGGGCAAAACUCCAGCUCAAGAUCCCCAGUUUGUUUGGCGAUAUGGAGAUAAUUCCUGCUCUUCUACAUGGAGAUCUGUGGGGAGGAAAUGUAGCUGAAGAUGACUCUGGGCCAAUUAUCUUUGACCCUGCAGCUUUCUAUGGCCACUCUGAGUAUGAAUUGGCAAUUGCUGGGAUGUUUGGUGGGUUCAGUGGUUCAUUUUAUUCUGCUUAUCACAGUAAAAUCCCCAAAGCACCAGGAUUUGAUAAGCGACUCAAGUUGUACCAACUAUUCCACUAUAUGAACCACUGGAAUCACUUUGGAGGAGGUUACAGAGGGUCCUCUAUCAAUAUAAUGAAGAAUCUAGUAAAAUGACUCCCAAUAUCAAGGGUUUAUAUCCCUGUUUGAAAAUAUAGGUGUAUACGUCACCUGUGCAUGUGUUCUAAUUGAUCCUGGCUUUGCACAUCUGGAAGACCAACCUUUCUAUGUUCCAGGUUUAGCUUCUCAUUAUUGACAUUUAUUGAAGAGCUGUUAAAGAGGUAAUGAAUCCUAGAUUUGCACAACAAGAUCUUUGCUCUUUAGAUGAGGCCCUGGAUCUGUUUCGAUAAAUGGAAUUAUAGAAAAUUCUUUGCGACAGAGUAGUUCAGAGUGAAUCAAUUAAGGGGGAGAACCAAAUAAGAUCUUGGAUUGGGAUUAUAGCGCUGAUAUCCUGUGUUCAUAAAGAUAUAUCCAUAGGUUAAUUGGCAAAUCUUUAUGAAUGGGAAAAAACUUUUCCUUCAUAAUGACACACGAGGAUAUUUUGGGAUCUUUCUUGUCCUUUUCAUGAGAUUACUCCCAACCUUGUCUUACAGUUAUGAACACCAAAGAAGUGAGGCGGCAUCUUUGCAACUGCAUUUCAUUGGAAGUGUGUUCAUCUGGGUCAUGGGGGUUCUUUUGUUGAGCAUUCUCAAUAUGGCUCCAAUGGUGAGAGUCUAUGCCUUCAGCAUUUGAACUCUGAAUGGACCAUUCAUAUGUACCUCAAUUUGAGGGGAUUUGUUCCAGUUUAUUUUUUUCUUCUACUGAGCUCCUAUCAGAGCCCAUUCCUAGCUAGUACAGCCUUGGCCUACAAAUAAAUUGCUUGCCUGUAAGGUGUUGUUCUGUUACUAAUGAGCUAGCUGUAUCUACGGAUAUAUGUAGCCAUCUCAAAUUUAACUUCUUAUGGCAGUUUGCUAGAGUCCGUUUCUUGCAUUCAUUCCUUAGAGGUUGUCUUUAUAUUGUGUACUGAGCUGCUCGGAGCUCUGGUAAAAUGAAGCAGAAUUCUUGUGGGGAAAAUGAUAAUGCAGGAAAACAACGACAGUGCCAUAAAAUCCAGAAAUGUGUUCUGUCCAUUUCCAAGCCAUCAUACCCUGCAGUAGAGGUCCUUGCUCCUAAGGCAAGACUUCUAUAUCUUCAGCUGCUUCUCUGUAGGCUAAAAAAUAAAAUGCUGAACCCAACAAGGAAAACUGCCUACAUUAUUCCUAACUAGAUUCUGUCAAAGCAAAUCAUCAUCAAAAUAAUCUUGUGGAAACGCUAUUUCCUAGAAAUAUUUUUCUCCAUACAAUUAUACAAUUUCUGGCUGAUAUUGAAAGUUUAUUAUCAAUACUUAUUGGGUGUUUAGGUGGCAGCUUCUCCCAUACUCUGGUAUGAUGGAGUGGUAAACUGGAAGUGGGGGAGGAAAUUCUCUUUCGCUGUUAGUUACUAAUUUUGAUUCUACCUCCUGCAUUAAUCUGGCAGGUUACUUUGGCUGUUAAAAUUUCUCUGCAGUUAUUGUCCUGGCCCUGUUCUGUCUUAACAUUUGGUAGGCAUAUUAGUUUCAAACCUCUUCUGGAAAUGCUCCAGAACGGCAUCUAUAAAAUGAUUCACCUUUUGGCGGCCAUCUCAUCUAAAUCAGUGAGUACUGCUCCACUUAUACAACUAUUCACUUUGCACUAUUCCUUCCAGCAGCUCUGAAGGGUUUGUAGAUCCGAGUGCUGCUCUAGUGGCACUCAAUGGACCACAAUCUAUGUGGAAAGGUUAACAUAAAAUAUUGUGAUCUGGAUGAGAUAUCACAUAUAAAGGGGUCUAAUAUCUAAAAAGUAUACCAUAAACUUUCUGGACAACGUUUCUUUGACAAUCUAUUAGAACAGCAAUUUUACUGUUGGUUUCUUCAUUCUAAGAUCACCAGGUAUAGUGUAAGUGUAAGACUCUUCCUGUGAAACUAAAACUGUUUUUGUUGGCUUUGUUUUGACAUUCCAUUGCUGUUUUUCUUGAAAGCUUGGUUUACCCUAAAAAGAGUAAGACUUAAGAAGUUAUCAUUAAUUUUAAUAGAAUGUGUUCGGGUUUCAGUAGUAACAGUUGGCUGUUAACUCUGGAUUUGCAAAAAAAAGCAUUUCUCAUGAGUAUAGCUUACAGUCUUUUUCUGAUAUUGAAAUAAAAUAUCUUCCACACUG